UUCAAUUUACACAAUUGAAGUUAAGCUCACCUCACCUCUAUUCAACCAACCCGAACCUAUAAUUCCUAUACUUUCCGCAAGGCAAUUUAGGUACCAGACCGUAAACUACACCAUGGCCAGCGGUAACAGCGAGACGAUCAACCUCGACACCCUGAGCGCCCAGCAGCUCAGCCAGGUGAAGAAGCAGCUCGACGAGGAGCUCGAGCACCUGACGUCGUCCUUUACCCAGCUGCACGCCGCCCAGUCCAAGUUCCGCGAAUGUCUGCGCUGCGUCCAGGAUAAGAACAAGGCGCCUGCUCUACGGGAAAACAACUCGAUCCUCGUCCCCCUUACCAACUCCCUCUACGUGCGCGGGACCCUCGCCGACGCCUCCCACGUCGUCGUCGACAUUGGUACUGGCUUCUACGUCGAGAAGGAUAUUAAAUCAGCGGGGGAUUUCUACGAGAACAAGGUGGGCGAGCUAGGAGCAAGUAUAAAGGAUCUAGAAGCAAUCGUGCAGGGCAAAACCAACAACGUACGGGUUGUCGAAGAAGUUUUAAGGCAAAAAAUGGUCGGCGGAGCGCAGCAGACAGCACCAUCGUAAACGGCCAAGAGCUGUGAGAUAUCCUUGAUGGAUCUUAGCUCUUAACAAACAUCAAAGCCCCAGCGCCAAACUAU